AUGGCAGAAGAUACCGGAGAGGGUUCUCUUGACAACUCAAAACUGCCACCUGCAAAACGAUCUCUAUUCAGCAAAGAUGUACUCGCAAAAGCCUCGUCCGAACCCGAAGAGGCUGUAGCCUUCUUUAGCAGAUCCCGCGAAAUCUUCCCCCAAAGGUUGGCUGAGGAAGAGCGCAGGCGGCAGAGGAAGAUCGCGAGGCAAGAGCGCAAGAGGAGUCCAACUAGUGUGGACAGGAAAGAAUCAAGCCCUCCCGAAGAGAAGAAGAGGCGCAUCUCUACCAAGGAUCCAUAUAGCUCAGAUGAGGAUAUUGCCGGAAGCUCACGCUCUAGGAGGAAAUCAACCCCUUCAAGGCGCGGCAGCCACAAAUCAGAUUCAAUACCCGCACAGCACGAUUUGGAGUCCUCUCCUACCACACUUUCCGGGGGUCAUGCCAGAGACCUACGAGCAGAAAGGCGGCUUAGGCAGGAGGCCAGGAAAAGUGCAUCGGCUAUCAUAUCAUUGAGCGACAGCGAUAGCGACAAGAGAAGCAAAACUAUACCAGUCAGGAAGGCUAUAGUUGGAGCCAUUGUACUGGAUGACGACGAUGAUGAUAGCUAUGUUGUGCCUCGAAAAGCUACAACGAAGGAUGAUUAUGACCUUCAACUAUCCGACGAGGAAUUUCCAGAGCUUAUUCACCUGGCAAGGGAACGCGAAAAGCAGAAGGCGCUUCAACGUCAAAAUGCAGCUAAAGCAUUUGACGAACAAAGCCAUCAAUCAAGCAAGGGCACCACUGUGGAUGAUGACAUAUUCGAGACUGCGGGACCCAUACCAUCUAAAGAUCCCGUGGUCGAUAUUCUCAUAACAUCUCAAAUUGAGGGGUCGAAACCUCUAAUAGUUAAGAGAAAGUUGUCUCAGCGUCUGAAGGACGUUAGGACAAAAUGGUGUGAAUACCAAUCAAUGGGUUCUAAUCUCGAAGAUAAGGUGUUCUUAACCUGGAGGGGUAAACGUCUCUUCGAUUCGACGACUUGUAUGGCACUCGGCCUCAGGACUGAUGCUCGUGGAAUAUUGACAGCUGAUGGUGGGGUGGACGAAGCAGGAAGGAUUCAUCUUGAAGUCUGGACUGAAGAGCUCCACAGUGCCUACCAAAAGAUGCAAGCGGCGAAAGAUAUGGAAGACGACCAAAGCAAUAAGGAAGAGGCAUCUGAACAAGAUCCCGGAAUUCCAACUAUGAGGUUGGUAUUCAAGGCACGGGGUCUUGAAGACUUUAAGGCCAAGGUUAGGCCUACGACAACGGUGGAAAGGAUGAUAGAGUCUUUCCGUCGUAACAAUAACCUUCCAGCUUCAAAAGAGGUUUCUAUGUAUGUUGAUGGGGACAAGCUCGAUUCUGCGUCGACAGUGGAGGAUGCAGAACUGGAAGAUUUGGAUGUUGUCGAGGUACAUAUUCGAUGA